CCUGAAACUGAGUUUCCCUCUAGCCCCGAGCGGGGAGCAGCUCUCAGUACUGAGUGAGGCACCGAACACUUGAGCUAUUUCAGCCACAUGCAAAGCAUCGGAAUUGAGAUCACAGCUCAGAGGACACCAGGCGUCCCUUCCACCUUCUGAGGAGCCUUGUAUUCUUGCAUCUGGCUGCUUGGGACUUUCCUUAGGCAGUAAACAAAUACAUAAAGCAGGGAUUAGACCCCGUGAAUAUGUCGAAACAGCCGGUUUCCAAUGUCAGAGCCAUCCAGGCAAAUAUCAACAUCCCCAUGGGAGCCUUUCGGCCGGGAGCUGGGCAACCCCCCAGAAGAAAAGAGUGUACUCCAGAAACGGAGGAGGGUGCUCCUCCCACCUCGGAUGAGGAGAAGAAGCCAAUUCCAGGAGUGAAGAAAUUUCCAGGACCUGCGGUCAACCUAUCAGAGAUCCAGAAUAUUAAAAGUGAACUGAAGUAUGUCCCCAAAGCUGAGCAGUAGUUGAAAGAAGGUUUGAUGUGAAGAAUUGAAGAGAAAGAGAAUGGAUUCAAAUGAAAAUAGCUCAUGAAAAGAUUUUAUAUAUUUGUAUGAAGAUUAUGAACCUCCUGAAUGCCUGAGACUCUAGCAGAAACGUCUUCUUUGUACAUUUAUAUCUCUUCCUUCUAGUUGGCUGCACUUCUUACUUUAUCUUCAUGUUUGGCACCUUGCAGAACAAAUCAGCUCAAGAAGUCACAACUGGAUGGUGUGGUUUUGAGGAAGAGCAGGAUUUACUGAGAGGGAUAGGGCAAUAUGAGUAACAAUGAUUUCCAUUGGAAGUUCUCUAAACUACUUCACACACUAUUUUGGUCAGUUUGGGGAAUGUAUUUUAGUUCUUCACGUCCUCAAUUAUAUCAAUAAACUUUUUAUGAGUUCAAA